AUGUCUUUGGAUCCUUGCCGAUUCGAUGAAUUUAUUCAAACUAUCUUUUUGAUUCCUGGAAUCUGGAAGAAGGAAUUUUUGUUAGAUGAUCAACAUUUGACACAAGUUUGGAAACAUAUUUCGCACACGUUUUCGAUUUCUGGUAAGUUUCGAGUUUAAAAAAAACAUAUUUAUUGAUCAUGGAAUUUUUACUAGAACCUGAAGCUCAAAAUCAAUGGAACUAUCUGAUCCAUCUUCAUCAUUUGAUGCAUAAAUCGAUAAAUUCAACAGCAAAAUUUCGAUUUCCUGAUCCAAUUUCUUCAGAAAAAUGGCUCCCCGCAGAAACAGUUCUUGCUCAAACACUUGCUCCAUUUUUUAAAGAAAAACUUGAUGAGAUUUUGAUAGAUAAAUGA